AUGAGCCGGGCCGGACGGCUCCAUGGGAACGAUGAUUGAUGAUCCCUGGUUCCCUGCAUACGCAAGGGCUUGUUCCCUACCCACUAUGAUCGGACGGCGGAGAAGACUGGAUCACAGUCGAUAGCCCCACAGAAAGCUUAGCGAUUAUCCCUCCAGCCCACAUGCACAUGCUACCAACCUUACGCAAUUUUGCGGGACCCAUAUUUUUCAUCCAAUUUUGUUGAUCGUCCCCCUCUCUGCCUCUCCUCCUUUUUCAUAUUCCCGGCAUAGCCAAACCGCUUCUUCACCUUCCUCUUUCCCUUAUUCCUACUGUCUACUCAGCAGGGGGGAAUUUCCCAGCUUCGCCUCCAAGUGUUUCAAUUUCAAUUUUGCUUCAUCGGAACAGAAGCAAUCAAGCAAAUAGAUACCCGUGAUCGUUAGACCAUGAAUUCCAGGAGUUACAUAGAUCAUUUAUGAGGGUGUAUGGUGCAAAAGAAGGUGAAUACAGUGGGAUUGCACCGAUGGACUGCAUGCCUAUUGAAUACAUUCUCAUACCGGUAAACUAGACCAGUUAACCUCUGUGUCUGUUGGGAGCAGAGUAGAAUUGCUCUAUUCAGCAUGAUGAAGAAAGAUCUCCGUACCAACAGAGCUGCUCUUUUUGAUGGCAUUGAAGAGGGUGGCAUAAGGGCCUCAUCUUCAUACUCUCAUGAAAUUGAUGAACAAGAUAAUGAAAGAGGUAUGGAUGGAUUGCAAGACCGAGUCAAUCUUCUGAAGAGAUUGUCAGGUGAUAUACACGAGGAGGUGGAGACUCAUAAUCGCAUGCUGGACAGAAUGGGUAAUGACAUGGAUUCAUCUAGGGGAGUCCUAUCAGGAACCAUGGAUCGAUUUAAGAUGGUUUUUGAAACGAAAUCAAGUCGGAGAAUGUUUACCCUUGUGGCGUCCUUUGUUGUGAUAUUCCUUAUUGUAUACUAUCUGACUAGGUAAUCAAUCAAAGAUGAUACAGUUGCUAGCGUUGUGUCACUACUUGGAUCCUUCCAUGUGGUUACUGUAAUCAGUGGUGCUUCCCGUUUGUGAGGUAUUCAAUCAUGUUUAUGUAAAGAUGUUGAAACAUGUCAAACAUACAUUGAAUGUAUGGAAUGGGUGUAAAAAAAUGAAAAAGCAAAAAUCUUUGCUCCCGUUUUCACUUAAA